GCCCGCCGAGCCGGGGCGGACGCGGGGUUGGCCCGGGCCGGGGACACGCGCCGGUAGCCCCCGGCGCUGCGGCGGCCGCAAGAUGGCCGAGGCUAUUGGCUGCACCCUGAACUGUAGCUGCCAGGGGUUCACACCCGGGAAGAUCCACCACCGCCGGUGUGAGCAGUGCAGACACGGAUGGGUGGCCCACGCUCUGAGCAAGCUGAGGGUCCCCCCUGUGUACCCCACGAGCCAGGUGGAGAUUGUCCAGUCCAAUGUGGUGUUCGAUAUCAGCAGCCUCAUGCUCUACGGGACCCAGGCCAUCCCUGUGCGCCUGAAAAUCCUACUGGACCGGCUCUUCAGCGUGCUGAAGCAAGACGAGGUGCUCCAGAUCCUGCACGCCUUGGACUGGACCCUCCAGGACUAUAUCCGGGGAUACGUGCUGCAGGACGCGUCGGGAAAGGUGCUGGAUCGCUGGAACAUCAUGACCGGCGAGGAAGAGCUGGCCGCCCUGCAGCAGUUCCUUCGAUUUGGGGAGACCAAGGCCAUUGUGGAGCUCAUGGCCAUCCAGGAGAAGGAGGAGCAGUCCAUCGUCAUGCCGCCGGCCGCGGCGAAUGUGGACAUCAGGGCGUUCAUCGAGAGCUGCAGCCACAGGAGCACUGGCCUCCCCGCCCCCGCGGACAGGGGGACCCCCAGCAGCCUGCACCCCUUUGAGAACAUCGUAAACAACAUGACCUUCAUGCUGCCCUUCCAGUUCUUCAACCCUGUGCCCCCCACACUGAUAGGGUCGCUGCCCGAGCAGUACGUGCUGGAGCCGGGUCAGGACCAGAGUCAGGAGCCCAAGCAGGAGACGCAUGGACCCUUCCCCGGCGGCGGUGGCGGCGGCUUCUUGACCUCCGCUCCCGCGUCAUUUCAGGUCGAGAAAGAGCCGUGUCUCAACUGCCCGGACACGGUUCCCAAGAAGGAAGAUGGCGCCCAUUUAAGCGACUUGGGUUCCUACCACCUUGUCCCGAAGCUUGAAAGGACCCAGUUGUCCCCCGAGGCCAAAGGGAAGCCCGAGAGGCACAGCCUGGGCGCGAAGAAGGGCCGCGUGUUCUGCACAGCGUGCGAGAAAACCUUCUACGACAAAGGCACGCUCAAGAUCCACUACAACGCCGUCCACCUGAAGAUCAAGCACAAGUGCACCAUCGAGGGCUGCAACAUGGUCUUCAGCUCCCUGCGGAGCCGGAACCGCCACAGCGCCAACCCCAACCCCCGGCUGCACAUGCCCAUGAACAGGAACAACAGGGACCGGGACCUGAGGACCAGCCUGCACCUGGCCGCCUCGGACAGCUUCGAGCGCGCGGGCUUCCCCGCGACGUCCCCAGACCGCAGGCCCCCGCCCUGCUACGCGGCAUCCGGGGAGGACCCCAGGGGCCAGGCGGCCUUCCCGAGCCUGGGCCCGGACGGGGUGCUCUUCCCCAACCUGAAGACGGUCCAGCCGGUCCUGCCCUUCUACCGCAGCCCGGCCACCCCGGCCGAGCUGGCCAACACCCCCGGCGUGCUGCCCUCCCUCCCGCUCCUGUCCUCGUCCAUCCCGGAGCCGCUGGCGUCACACGAAGGCCCGCUGGACGCCCUUCCCAAGAAGAAAUCCCGCAAGUCCAGCAUGCCCAUCAAAAUAGAGAAGGAGGCUGUGGGGGCAGCUAACGACAAGCGGCUCGCUCUCAGCUCCGAUGAAGACGUGCCCCUGCGGGUGGCCAGCGAGGAGGAGCCCGAGGCCGGCAGCCCCCGGGCGUCAGACAGAGCACCUGAGGAGCCGUGCGCACCCUCUGGGGGCUUAGAGGGGCCCCUCCCAGGAGGAGAGAGGGUCUGCCAUGGGGACUCAGGGCUGGAGUCCGGCGGGGCUAUCCACAGGAGCCCCGAGUGGGCCGCACGGCCGCCAGAGAGGGAGGCGGAACAGAAGCCAGCCCUGUCCGCCGUGCCAAGGGAGCCGCAGGACAGUGGCCGUGAACCUCACCUCGCAGCCGGGACCGAGCCCUGCGUCCCCUUCCCUGACUACAUCAGACUGCAGCAGCGCCUGCUGGCCGGCGGGCUCCUCGGCGCCCUGUCUGGCCGAGGAGUGGCUUUUCCUUGUUUCGAAGAUGCCAAGGAGCCGGAGCCCAUGGGUGCGCGUGUGUUCGGGCGGCAGAAGGAAGAGGCUCGCUUCCAGUGUGACGUCUGCAAGAAGGCCUUCAAAAACGCGUGCGGCGUGAAAAUGCACCACAAGAACAUGCACGCCAGAGGGACGCACGUGUGCACCGUGGAGGGCUGCGAAGCCACGUUCCCCUCGCGCAGGAGCAGAGACAGACACAGUUCAAACCUUAACCUCCACCAAAAAGUGUUGACCCAGGACGCACUGGGGAGCCCCGACGACCAUUUCCGCGCGGCUUACCUUCUGAAGGACGCGGCGAAGGAGACCUUCCAGAACGUGGCCUUCGCGCAGCGAGCUGCCCAGACACCUGUCAUCUUCAAGGGAGCGAGCCGGGUGGGCGGCCUGGUCUGCCCGAUCGCCCAGGUCCCCGGCGCCGGCCUGGAGAGCUACAGCUCCGGUCCGCCGAGCGACGGCGCCGUCUUGGAUUUGAGCACGACCUCGAGCGUGAAGUCGGAGAGCAGCAGCCAUUGCUCUUGGGACUCGGACGGGGCCAGCGAGGAGGGCACCGUGCUCAUGGAGGACAGCGAUGGGACCUGUGACGGGCCGAGCCUUGCUCCUGGGGACGACGAGUACCCCAUCUGCGUCCUGAUGGAGAAGGCCGACCAGAGCCUCGCCAGCCUGCCUUCUGGGCUGCCCAUCACGUGUCACCUCUGCCAAAAGACGUACAGUAAUAAAGGGACCUUCAGGGCUCACUACAAGACCGUGCACCUGCGUCAGCUCCACAAAUGCAAGGUGCCGGGCUGCAACACCAUGUUCUCCUCUGUCCGCAGCCGCAACAGGCACAGCCAGAACCCCAACCUGCAUAAAAGCCUGGCCUCGUCCCCGACUCCCCUCCAGUAACAGGAUGGUGGCCGAGAGGGCGAGGGGAGCUGUUGGCCCUCAUUCAGGAACAAGGUGGUCCAGAGAAAGGUCUCUCAUUUCGUUGAAUACCAUUUGAGGCGAGCCGGGCAGAAGGCCUUAGAGCUGACUUUCUUGUAGGAAGCCAGCUCUGGGGUGCGGGGCAGCCCGUCCUGUUAUUUUUCAUAGCCCCAGGGGCUUGUCCCUGACAUAACAAACGCUGGCAGAAACACGGCUUUUCCCCACAUUUGUUUACACGUUCCCGGGGAGAGCGGCAGGUCUGUGAACCGACAAGGGGGCCCAGAACCUUGGGGGAGCUCGAAGUGAAAUAUCAGCUGAGUGUCCCGGGCAAGCAGGCGGCCGCUGCCGGUCAGGAGCGAGGCUCCAAGAUGACGUGGGUUUUUUUGGUUUUUUUUUUCAGUUCCUGCUUUUACUGAGUCUGAAAUCCAGACUUAGGGGUGGCAAAGUGGUUUUUUGAGACUGUGCCUCCAUUGGGAGAGGGAGAGGAGGGUUGCUUUUGUGUUUGUGUUUUCCCCUUCAGGGGUCUCAUGGACCUCCAGGGAGUCCCCAGAGGAAGGAGGUGGGUUUCCAGCACACAGGAACAAGGAGGUGACGAGGAUGUCCCUGCUCGCUGUGCAGCAAGCGUUCAGGAAGCUGGGCGGGGGGUGGGGGGGCAGAUUUCAUGCACUUAAACAUAGUGGUCCUCAAUUUAAUUUAAAAUAAUUUUGGUAAUAUUUAAUUUUUGUUUGUAACGUGAGUCAUUGGGGUGAGUGCAGACGUGUCACAGCGUGACCUCUGGGUCUCUGCUCGAGGGCAGAGCGAGGCUGCCCGAUUCCAUUCAGUGAACCUUGGAGCCUGGCCACUUCGGUCCCCUGUGGAGGGUGUGCAGGACCGUCUGUAAAUACCUUUCCUAAAUGUGUGAGGUUAGGAGGAACCCCCAGUGUACACGGUGGAAGAGAAGUAGCACGCGGCUGCUGCACCGUAGCCUUAAUAUUUAACUUAUUCUGAAACCUACUCCGCACGUUACACACGUCUGCGGUUGUGAAAGGGAGAUUCCGUGGGUCCGGUGAAAAGACCGUCCCUCGAAAUUCGGCAUCUGCUGUACCCGGAAAGCCUGUGGCAGGGAGAGAGAAACUGACGUCGCGCUGAGGCUGAAGGCGAGCCGUCUUUUAUAAACUUGACAGUGGCUUUGAGUCAGGAAAGACACCCUCUCGGAGAACCGGGGGGGCCGUGAGAGAGACCCUUCCUCCGGCCCAAGGGUGAGGAAAGCCGACAGCCCAUUAUGGAUCGUUUCAACGUUUUUUACAAAUAAAUGGGACGCCACUUGGUCUCUGCUUAAAGUGAUGCGCACCUUCCCACUGUUUCGUGACUCACUUCAUUCUCCCGGUUUCCCGCACGCGGAACAAUUUGUAUACAGAUGAGUUUUCUAUGAUUUAAUAAAAAUGUAUGCCACACGUUUUUGUUCAAAAAGGCCAACAUUUAUGAAGACUGGUCCUGCCAGACGGACAGUGUUGCACAAAGGAGGGGCCGGAGAUCAGUUGAUUAUUAAGAAAAAUACAAAAUAAAGUGUUUGAAAAUAA